AUGUCUGUAAUAGGAUCAGAAUUUUAUAGCUUUAUAAAAAAGUUAGAAGAUAGUGGAGACAAAUUAACUCCUGGUACUCCAGUGGAACAGCCGCUCGAAUUUGAAUUCAAUAACUCCAGUUGCUACGUUUGCAAUGGUUAUUAUGGUCCUAGUUUUGGAGAACCAGUAUGCGUAACCUGUCAUACAUUUUUGUUUCCUGAUUUUCCGUCGUAUCUACCAAGCUCAUAUUUUUGUAGUGAAAAGACUGAUGAUGGAGACUCCGGCAAUGAUGAACCUUCAGAUCUUAAUUAUAGCUCAGAGCGCAGAUUGAAUAAAGCCUGUCCAUUACCAGCAUGGUGGUAUUACAGAAAUUCCUUAGAUAGUGAAACAAGUCCAGAAGAUGAAACCAGUCGCACCAGUAACUCAGGACCCGGUGCUAGUGGCAGUGGCAGUGGUGGGAGUAUGUCUGGCCCUUCCUCAGCACCUCGAGAAGGUAUUGAAGACCUGGUUGGGCAAGGUCCACCACCACAGCCUCCGAGUCUUGCUAGAUCACUGCAAGCACUAUCUACACCACGUCUCCCAGACAAUUUAGCACCUGGUCUUGUUGAACAUUUACCUUCUGAAGUGCUACUCUGCAUAUUCCGCUACCUAGACGACCUGUCUCUAUGCGCAUGCGCUUGCGUGUGCGAGCGCUGGCGCCGCCUGGUGGUGGCGCGCGUGCCUCCGCCGCGCUGGGCUGCCUUCGCUGCACGCCGCUGGCCGCUGUUCAGACCGCUACUCGCUAACAUUGAUUGGCAUAAGAAGUACCAGUCUCUAGUGGAGUCAUGUUUCUGUCGCAACUGCCUCGUGCAGAUGUGCGUGCAGGCGCAGCCCGCCGGCGACGAAAACGCGUGGCGACGCAACCGUCUCAAGAUAGAGCUUAAGAUGCUCCGCAACGACCCGCCGGAGGGCAUCGCGGCCACGCCGCUGGACGCGCGCUGCUGCCACUGGCAGGCCAGCGUCACGGGGCCCGCCGGCUCGCCCUACGAGGGCGGCGUCUUCUACCUCUACAUACAGGUGCCCUACUCCUACCCGAUGAGCCCGCCGGUGGUGCGGUUCCUGACGCGCAUCCUGCACCCCAACGUGUCGCGCCACGGCGACGUCGGCAUCGACUCCGUGCACCACAACUGGUCGCUGGCGCUCACGCUCUCCAAGGUGCUCAUCUCCAUACAGAGCCUGCUCACCGACCCCUACACCACGGUGUGCAUGGAGCCGCAGCUGGGCGACAUGUACGUGCGCGAGCGCGCGCGCUUCGAGGCGCUGGCGAGGCGCUGGACGUGGCGCUAUGCCAUGCACGACGUCACGCCGCAC